AAUACAUAUACACAGUAGCACACACACACCCUUCCUCACAUCUCUCAUCUUCUCUCUCCCCGGCCUCUAUCUCUCUGUGGAUACUGCUGUGUCAUCCGCAAUGGCGAGAAGCCGGCAGUCCAUCCUCCUGGCCUUCGCUGUCGGGGCAAUGGCGGCGGUGCUGCUGGCCUCCCCGGCGGCGGCCAAGAGCUACAACAUCACCAAGAUCCUGGCGGCACACCCGGAGUUCUCCAAGUUCAACGCGAUGCUGAGCAAGACGCGGCUCGCGUCCGACAUCAACCGGCGCCAGACCAUCACCGUGCUGGCCCUGGACAACUCGGCCAUGGCGGCGCUGGACCACUACACGCUGCCCACCGUCCGCCACAUCCUGUCCCUGCACGUCCUCGUCGACUACUACGGCAACAAGAAGCUCAAGCAGCUCUCGCGCGGCGCCACCGCCUCCGCAUCCAUGUUCCAGUCCACCGGGACGGCGUCGGGCAUGUCGGGCUACGUGAACAUCACGUCCCACAAGGGCGGCAAGGUGGAGUUCGUCAGCCAGGACGCCGACGACACCGUCAAGCCGUCCCGCUACGUCAAGUCCAUCAAGGAGAUCCCCUACGACAUCUCGGUGCUCGAGAUCAACUCCGUGCUCUCCUCCUCCGAGGCCGAGGCGCCCGUCCCGCCGCCGGCGCCCGUCGACCUCAUCGAGCUCCUCUCCAAGAAGCACUGCAAGUCGUUCGCCGGGCUCAUCUCCGGCAACGCCGACGUGUUCCGCACGCUCAACGAGACCAAAGACAACGGCCUCACGCUCUUCUGCCCCGUCGACGCCGCCGUGGCCGCCUUCAUGCCCAAGUACAAGAACCUCACGGCCAAGGCCAAGACGGCCAUCCUGCUCUACCACGGCGUGCCGGACUACUUCUCGCUGCAGCUGCUCAAGUCCAACAACGGCAUGGUCUCCACGCUCGCCACCACCAGCGAGGUCAAGAAAGACUACAGCUACGACGUGCAGAACGACGACGAGAAGGUCACCCUCGUCACCAAGGUCGUCACCUCCACCGUCACCGCCACCGUCGGCGACAGCGAGCCGCUCGCCGUCUACGCGGUCUCCAAGUUCUUGAAGCCAAAGGAGCUGUUCAAGGUCGCCCAGGCGCCAACGCCCGCCCCGUCAAAGAAGGGCAAGAAGGAGGCUGGCGACGACGACGACUCGUCUGACGACGAAGAUUCCGAUGAUGCCACCACUGAUAAGGGUGAUGCCGCGCCAGCGGUAUACGGGCGAUGGGCGACCGCGGCUGCGACGGCGGGAGCAGUAUUGGCAUUGUUGAUGGGCUAAAAGAGUGAAAGCCGCCGGCUGUUUUAUGCAUGCAUGUUCAAAUUUAAUUAUUACUCCUAUAUUUGUUUUCCCUUUGGUAUUUUUAAUCUUAUUUUCUGCGGCGAAAUCUCUAUCACUUGUCAGUGGUGGUAGAAACAAAAUAAGUAGGCGGCUGGUCUCCUUCAAACAUCUACAAAAAUCAAGAAACUAGCUUAGAGGUGCGAUGUGUAGUUUCUUUUUGGAGUCUUGUUGAUUGCUAGUAUGAUGUAAUUAUUUGCCUUGUAAUUAAUACAGUUGGAAUGUUCUCAUGUACUUCCUCCGUUUCUAAAUAUAAGUUUUUUUUUAGACA